AUGAAGUGUUUGCCAUUGCUGGUAUUCACGUUCGUCAUCACGUUCACAAAUGCCUAUAAUGCUUGUGUGGCUUGCAUCGACCCGAAAUUUUACGAGUUCGAGGAUCUUCUGCGCAACACUUCAUCAAGAAGGCAAUAUUUACUUCCAAAUCGAGUUGCACGCUAUUAUAACUGCGGAUUUCGGGUCUUUAUUUCUAGUCCUGGAACUCAUCAUGACCUCAAUUAUGUGUGGGGUGAUCUCAAAUUUACUGAUGUGAUAUCGGACUAUCUCUUUCUAAAUUUCACCUAUACCAACAGCAGCACCACCGACGAUUUUCUUCCAAAAGGAGAAAUGUUGGACAAUGUUCCACUAGCCUAUCGUCCACUUCGCGCGGUCGUAUUUCUAGGAAUUCUACUAUCAACGGUGGCGACCAUACUCGCUCUUUGUCACAUUUGUUCAAAAAAGGCCCGAAUCAGAGCUAUUCCUCCACCAACUCCUCGUCACGUUUACGUCAGGACAAGCCGCAAUAUUCGGAUCGUCUGA